GGAGUAUGGAGGACACUGGAUACUAUAGAGAGACUAUAAACUAACUUAUUUCUCACAAAAGCGCCGCUUCGGCCGCGAGUGAAGAUGGUAAAGCAGACCAUUCAGAUCUUCGCCCGCGUUAAACCGACGGAGAAACCGCCGGCGGUGUACUCUGUGGAUAAUGAGGAGCAGAGCGGAGGCAGAUUGGAGUUUGUGGUUCCAAGAGAUCUAGCAGAUGGCUUCAUCAAUAACAAGAGGGAGAGCUACAGAUUCAGGUUUCAAAAGGUUUUUGAUCAAGCAGCCAAACAAGAGGAGAUCUUUGAGACAAUUGCCAAGCCUGUAGCUGAUAAUGUGCUGGCAGGUUACAAUGGCACCAUCUUUGCCUAUGGGCAGACUGGCAGCGGCAAGACCUUCACCAUCACUGGCGGUGCCGAGCGCUACAGUGACCGGGGCAUCAUCCCCAGAACUCUGUCUUACUUAUACCAGCAUUUCAGUCAGGAUAGUAGCACGGUGCAUACCACCCACAUAUCUUACCUGGAGAUCUACAAUGAGGUGGGAUACGACCUUUUGGAUCCCCGGCAUGAAGCAUCCAAGCUGGAGGACUUACCGAAAGUGACCAUAAUGGAAGAUCCUGACCAGAACAUUCACCUCAAGAACCUGUCAUUGCAACCGUCAGCCAAUGAGGAAGAGGCGUUGAAUUUGCUUUUCCUGGGUGACACCAAUCGCAUGAUUGCAGAGACCCCCAUGAAUCAGGCCUCCACGCGCUCUCACUGUAUCUUCACCGUUCACCUGUGUAGCCGUGAGCCGGGCUCAGCGACUCUGCGUCGCUCCAAACUCCACCUGGUGGACCUGGCUGGCUCUGAGAGAGUGGGAAAGACAGGUGUAGGGGGCCAGAUCCUGACUGAGGCCAAGUACAUCAAUUUGUCACUGCAUUACCUGGAGCAGGUCAUCACAGCUCUGUCAGAGAAGAACCGCUCUCAUAUCCCGUACCGCAACUCUAUGAUGACUUCUGUGCUCAGGGACAGCCUGGGGGGCAACUGCAUGACCACCAUGAUCGCCACUGUGUCAGUGGACAAGAGGAACAUUGAUGAGUCUAUCUCCACCUGCCGCUUUGCCCAGAGAGUGGCUGUGAUUAAGAACGAGGCUCUACUUAACGAGGAGCUGGACCCAGCACUGAUGAUUGCUCGCUUGAAGAAGGAGAUUCAGCUUUUGAAGGAGGAGCUGGCCAUGGUGACCGGAGAACAAAGGAAUGAUGAGCUAACUCCAGAGGAGAUCCAGGGGCUGGAGGAGCAGGUGAAGGUGUUCCUUGAUGACCCUGACCCUGAUAGAACACUGGACCUAGGGCCAGACAUGAGAAAAAUCCAUCUCUGCUUUUCUCUGCUAAAGGUGAAGGUGCGGGAGAAGCCAUGUGUUCAGAAAGAGACAGAUAACACCAGCCAUCUCGCAUCAUCAGACACGCAGGACAGGCAAGCUCACAGAGAGCUGCUGAAACUGAAGGACAUGCUCACUCAGCGUGACAAUGAGAUCAGUAUACUGGUGAGCAUGCUGAAGAAGGAAAAGAAGAAGGUUCAAGAAGCCAAUGCCCAGUUAGCAAACUUCUCCAAUGGAGAUAUGACAUCACAUAGCUCAUCCACCAGCACUCUUGGUGAAAAGAGGUUGAAGGAUGAAACUUCAGAGAACUUCCCACUUGCUCAGCAUCUGAUUAACAGGCAGAGAGGACCAGAGCUGUCUAUAGGCCGGCAAGAGGCAUUUGAAGUAUUUAGGAGAGAUCAUGAGGAUCGUCUCACCAUUGAAGACAAUAAGGCCAUACUCAAGCAGAGGUUUGCAGAGGCUAAGGCACUUGGGGAGCAGGUUAACCAGGCCAGGAACAGAGUCAAUGAGCUGAAGAAGCAGUUGGAGGUGAGACGGAUGCAGAUGGCCGCACAGGGUGUAACGGGGGGGCAGCAGAAUUCAGAAUCGGACCCUGUAGAGGAGAGACUCCGCAACCAGAUUGAAGAAGAGAAGAAAAGUUAUAAGAGCACUUUUGGGCAUUUGAAAGGCUUGAAGACAGAGAUCGAACAUCUACAGCACCUGCUACACAAGUCAAAGAUCAAGCUGCAGAAGGAUUUUCAGGACUGGUGGACCCAGGAGGCCACAAAGCUGCAGAAGGAUCCACGACCAGAGAGAGUGGAAGUGAAGCAGAGCCAGGACAGCACAACCAGACAUUCCAGUUCACCUGAUCAUGCCAUCAGCACCCAAGAGAGAAAACUCAGAGACCUACCUACUCCAUCUGCAAGAGAUCUGAGAGCCUUGUCUUCCACUGCCCUGUCCUCUUCAUCUAUCCCACUAACUGGAGACCAGCAGACUGAUGCGGAUAUCAUGGCCUUCAUCAAGGCCAGGCAAAGCCUGCUUACCAGAACAGGUUUUUGACGCUCUGUGGAUACGGAUCAGAAGUCAUACCUGUACAGCAGGCUGAGUCUGAGAUGAAUCUUUAUCACAUGUCUGCUGCUCCCCUUUACAAGCC